AUGCACACCCCUCUGUCUGUCCAUCCAGCCCCAUGUAUACCCCUCUGUCUGCCCAUCCAGCCCUAUGCACACCGUUCUGUCUGUCCAUCCAGCCCCAGGCCCACCCCUCUGUCUAUCCAUCCAGCCCCAUAUACAUCCCUCUGUCUGUCCAUCCAGCCCCAUGCAUACCCCUGUCUGUCCAUCCAGCCCCAUGCACACCCCUCUGUCUGCCCAUCCAGCCCUAUGCACACUGCUCUGUCUGUCCAUCCAGCCCUAUACACACCCCUCUGUCUGUCCAUCCAGCCCCUUCAGCCAGCCAGCCAGACCCAUACACACCCCUCUGUCUGUCCAUCCAGCCCCAUGCACACCCCUCUGUCUGUCCAUCCAGCCCCAUACACACCCCUCUGUCUGUCCAUUCAGCCCCAUACACACCCCUUUGUCCAUCCAGCCCCAUGCACACCCCUCUGUCUGUCCAUCCAGCUCCAUGCACACCCCUCUGUCUGCCCAUCCAGCCCUAUGCACACCGCUCUGUCUGACCAUCCAGACUCUUACACACCCCUCUUUCAGCCAGCCCUAUGCACACCCCUCUGUCUGUCCAUCCAGCCCCAUGCACACCCCUCUGUCUGUCCAUCCAGCUCCAUACACACCCCUCUGUCCAGCCAGCCCCAUGCAUACCCCUCUGUCUGCCCAUCCAGCCCUAUGCACACCGUUCUGUCUGUCCAUCCAGCCCCAGGCCCACCCCCCUGUCUGUCCAUCCAGCCCCAUGCACACCCCUCUGUCUGCCCAUCCAGCCCUAUGCACACUGCUCUGUCUGUCCAUCCAGCCCUAUACACACCCCUCUGUCUGUCCAUCCAGCCCCUUCAGCCAGCCAGCCAGACCCAUACACACCCCUCUGUCUGUCCGUCCAGCCCCAUGCACACCCCUCUGUUUGUCCAGCCAGCCCCAUACACACCCCUCUGUCUGUCCAGACAGCCCCAUAUACACCCCUCUGUCUGUCCAGCCAGCCCCAUGCACAUCCUUCUGUCUGUCCAGGCAGCCCUAUGCACACCCCUUUGUCCAGCCAACCGUAUACACACUCCUCUGUCUGUCCUUCCAGCCCCAUGCACACCCCUGUCUGUCCAUCCAGCCCCAUGAACACCCC